AUGCCGCCGGCGGCGCUGCCCAGCUUUGCUCUGCUCCGCGUCGCCACCUCCAUUGCCAUGCUGCUGGUUCAGCAAGCUCGUCUGCUCCCAGUGGCCGUGGCGCGGACCAAACUGACAGCGGGAGACACCCCGACGGUGCCGGACUACAUCACCAGCCGGUCCGGCAGCUUCGCCUUUGGCUUCCGCGCCCACGACUCUGACCCGACCAAGUUCCUCCUUGCCACGUGGUUCCGGUUCGGUUCAGUGCCGCCACAGGCGCAGUCCGUGGUGUGGUUCGCGAAAGAGUCCGCCAUGGGCACCACGCCUAACGCCACGGCACGGUCCGUCCUCAGCAUCCCCGCCGACGGCCAGCUCACGCUCACCGACGGCAGCAUAGAGCUGUGGAGGGCCCCGACCCCCAGCAUGAAGCGUGGGUCAGUCCUCGUGCUAACAGACUUCGGCAACGUUCAGCUCCUCGGGGACGGCGACAACGUGCUCUGGGAGAGCUUUGGGUUCCCGACGGAUACCCUCCUUCCGGGCCAAUCUUUGGAGGGGUUUCUAUUUUCCAAGCGCGCGUACACGGGGUUCACCACGGGUCGGUUCAGCUUGGCAGCCCACAGCGACGGUAACGUCGUCCUCUGCAUCGACCUCUUCACCGGUGACAUAUUGCAAAACGCCUACUGGGCCACAGCCACCAACGGCCCCUACGGCAACACGACCAUCACCUUCGACGAGUAUGGCCACCUAAGCUACACUCUCUAUGACGGCAGCAUCAACAACUUGAUUUCGCCUCUCGCCACUGGCAGGAACUAUUUCCGGUUCGCCAGGAUGGACCCCGACGGCAUCGUCCGUGCCUACACCCAUCCUAAACAUGGCGGCGGUGGCGGCCAGAACACGACUUGGACCGUGUCGGGCACGCUCCCCAGUGCUGGGGGCUGCAAGUUGAAGACGACCAGGAUGCAAGGCAUGUGCGGCCCUGGGUCGUACUGUGUGGAGACCAAAGAGCGGCUCAACUGCCUGUGCCCGAGUGGGUACACUUACAUCGAUGCAGAGCAUAUUGAGAGUGGCUGCACGCCGGGGUUCGAGGCACAGAGGUGCGGCGAGGAGAACAUAGGAAUGAUAAGAUCGCCGCAGCCGCACCUCAUUGCAGUGCAGAAGCUGAUCGACUCGAACGAGUACAAUGAGCAGGAGUUCACCAAUGAGGUGCAGUCCAUCGGUCAGAUCCACCACCUAAACUUGGUUCGUAUGAUCAGCUACUGCAAGCAAGGUAAGCAUCGGAUGUUGGUUUUCGAGUUCAUGCCCGGAGGGUCUCUCCGUGGCUUCCUCUUCAAACCUGAGAGGCGGCAACCUUGGCGCUGGCGCGCUGAGGCCGCCCUCGCCAUUGCUCGGGGACUUGAGUACCUCCACAACGGCUGCAUUGCCCCUAUCAUCCACCGCGACAUCAAGCCUGACAAUAUCCUAUUCGACUAUUGUGGAAUCCCCAAUAUCACUGACUUUGGGAUCUCCAAAUUGUUGGGGAGCCAGCACCAACUAUUACUUUUGUUUUGUUUUAGAAAUUCUUAA